UUUAGCAUUAGCAAAAUUAAACCCUUUCACUGCCACCGCAUCUCCAACUCACUCACAAUGGCCACCACCACAUACCUGAAUCUAACCACCAUCACCACUGCCGCCGCCGCCAACAACAUCUCUCAAUCCAAACCCCACACCCAAUUAAGACUCACCACCUCCACAUCCGCACUCCCCUCCUCCACCUACACCAAAUCCACCGAGCCCCUCCCCCUCUUCUCCUCCGUCAAAUCCUUCGCCCCCGCCACCGUCGCCAACUUAGGCCCCGGCUUUGACUUCCUCGGCUGCGCCGUCGAUGGAAUCGGCGACCACGUCACCCUCCACAUCGACCCCGCCGUCCAGCCCGGUGCCCUCGCCAUCUCUCACAUCUCCGGCGCCGGAUCCCGCCUCAGUAAGGACCCCCUCCUCAACUGCGCCGGCAUCGCCGCCCUCUCCGUCAUGAAAAUGCUCGGGAUCCGCUCCGUCGGCCUCUCCCUCUCCCUCGACAAGGGCCUCCCCCUCGGCAGCGGCCUCGGCUCCAGCGCCGCCAGCGCCGCCGCCUCCGCCGUCGCCGUCAACGAGCUAUUCGGCGCCCCUCUCUCUCAAUCGGAGCUCGUCAUUGCCGGAUUGGAAUCGGAGGCCAAGGUCUCCGGCUACCACGCCGACAACGUGGCGCCUUCGAUUUUGGGGGGUUUCGUUUUGAUCCGAAGCUACGAGCCCUUGGAAUUAAUGCAGCUCAAAUUCCCUCACGAGAAGAGUCUCUAUUUUGUGUUGGUGAAUCCAGAAUUCGAAGCUCCGACGAAGGAGAUGAGGGCGGCGCUGCGGCCGGAGGUCUCGAUGUCGAAUCACGUCUGGAAUUGCAGCCAGGCGGGGGCUCUGGUGGCGUCGGUGCUGCAGGGGGAUGUGGUUGGGUUAGGGAAGGCGCUGUCAUCGGAUAAGAUCGUGGAGCCGAGCAGGGCGCCGCUGAUUCCCGGGAUGGAGGCGGUGAAGAAGGCGGCGAUUGGGGCGGGUGCGUUUGGCUGCACGAUCAGUGGGGCUGGGCCGACUGCGGUGGCUGUGACUGACUCUGAGGAGAGGGGUAGAGAGAUUGGGGAGAGAAUGGUGGAGGCUUUUUGGAGAGUGGGGAACUUGAAGUCUAUGGCAAUGGUGAAUCAGCUUGAUAGAGUUGGAGCAAGGCUUGUUAGCAGUGUGCCAAGAUGAUGUUGAUGACUGAAUUCAUAGAUGGCUGUCUUAGGGAAUCGAUCAAGCCUAGUGUACAGGUACAGGUAAUAAGCAUAGUUGCAUAAAUCUUUUUUGCAAAAAUAGUACAUGAAUAAGUGAUGCUUGCAGGGAUAUUUCUAUGAUUAGCAAGAACCAGUCAAAAGGGAGAGAACUCGAGUUGCAUCGUCUCAAUUUCAGAUAUGAAAGUACAUUGGUGUUGCUGGUGGCCUUUAUUUGCUUCUAAUUCUUACUCCUGUCGCCCAUCCAAGAAGCUCUCAGCUCAACAAGCUCAACAAUUGGAGGAUGGCGAGCAGCUGAAUGCAGUUCCGUAUCGGGAUAAGUGGGGGAGGGCUGACGAGGCUGCUGUUUUUGGAUGAGCGGUAUUCCGAUGAUGAGGUACCAUCCUCAGGCAAUUAAGGUUGGUUUUUGAUGGUUCUACAUUCUCAUCGUCAUUCGAAGAUAUACAAACCUGCAAUGACAUCCAAGGAGAAAUACGGCGGAAACCUCCAAAUUUUCUCCGAUCAUCAUUCAUAGUGGACAAACACAAGAAGUUCAAUUCCCUCGCCCUUCUAAUUUCAUCAUCAAACACUCAAAACCUGCGGUAUAUUUGUAUCCUGAAAAUUCAGGUGUUGAGUACUCCUUUUUUAUACUCCAUUUACGGAAACAAUAUAACAUCAAUGAAAAACAAUCAAGCCAUGACAUAAAA